CUCCUAAGCUACACUUGCCUUUUCCGAAUUUUAAAUAUUUCUUUUUUAUUUUUUCCUCUUCACAACCAAAGAAAGUCUUGUCAACAACCCCCAACACGGAGCCAUUACCGGUUUCUUUCGACUCUCUUUUCUUUUUCUCCCUUUCUCUCUUUCUCUUCUUCUUCUCUCCCUCCGUACACCACAUCAUGUGAUCGUUUCGCUGGUUUCUACCCUCUCCUCGCUGUCCAUGCCCCAAAUUCUGCAACUGCAACCAUCUUUAUACACUUUCUUCACUUUUCCUACCUCCUUGGACCCCAACACACGACACAACCAGUGCUACCUCAUGGUACCUUGUGUGGUCCUCACUACCAAUCCCUUUGUUAUUUUAGGGUUCGGGAGCCCUUAGGGUUUUCUUGCUCCUCAUAGUAAAUUUGCUCUUGUUCAGCUUGGUUAAUUAGCUGAGUGAGAGAGUUUUUCCUUUCCAAUUCCAAAAAUUAAUGGAGGAAUACACUAAUAAUAAUAAUCACCUGAGUGAAAACACAGGUCCAAGGCCAAGUCCAAGGCCAAAUUUCUUGUACUCUUCAUCAAGUGGUGGAAACCAAAACCAAAACCAAAGCCACCACCACCACCACCACCACCACCACCAGCAGUUUCCUAUCAACACCUUUCAUCUUCAAUCGGGUGGAUCAGAUCAUUGCUUUCAUGAGUCUGAUCAAGUGGCACCACACCCUUCUGUGAAAACCGAAGCCACCACUUCGAAGCUUCACGCCCCGAUUUUCCACUACCCUUUAAUGAGAGCAAAUCUUCACAACAACACUAUGCAUCAUCAUCAUCAUCAUCAAGGAGGAGCUAGCCCAACAAGCUCCACCACCGAAGUUGAAGUCAUAAAAGCUAAAAUCAUUGCUCACCCUCAAUACUCCAAUCUUUUAGAAGCUUACAUGGAUUGCCAAAAGAUAGGAGCUCCACCAGAAGCAGUGGCGCGUAUGGUUGCGGCGAAGCAAGAGUUUGAGGCACGGCAACGUUCUUCAGUUGGAUCAAGGGAAACUUCUAAAGACCCUGAACUUGACCAGUUCAUGGAGGCUUACUAUGACAUGCUUGUGAAGUAUAGAGAGGAAUUAACGAGGCCUAUUCAAGAGGCCAUGGAUUUCAUGCGAAGGAUAGAAACUCAGCUAAAUAUGCUUUGCAAUGGACCCGUUCGGAUCUUCUCUGAUGAUAAAUGUGAAGGUGCUGGAUCAUCGGAAGAGGAUCAAGACAAUAGUGGAGGAGAAACAGAACUUCCCGAGAUUGAUCCUAGAGCAGAAGAUCGUGAACUUAAAACCCACUUGCUGAGGAAGUACAGUGGUUACUUGAGUAGCCUUAAGCAAGAACUUUCUAAGAAGAAAAAGAAAGGGAAACUUCCCAAAGAUGCUAGACAAAAGCUACUUAACUGGUGGGAAUUACAUUACAAAUGGCCAUAUCCUUCGGAAUCAGAGAAGGUGGCACUGGCUGAAUCAACUGGUUUAGACCAAAAGCAAAUAAAUAACUGGUUCAUAAACCAAAGGAAGAGGCAUUGGAAACCAUCUGAAGACAUGCAGUUCAUGGUGAUGGAUGGCUUGCAUCCCCAAAGUGCAACUCUCUACAUGGAUGGUCACUACAUGGCUGAUGGUCACUACCGUCUAGGGCCAUGACAUGAUCACCUUAUAUAUUAUUAUAUUUUUAAUUAUUAUAAUUUAAAUGCAAGGUAUGAGCUUCUCAUUAACAAAGAGACUGUGACCAAACUGGAUAACAGUCAUCGCUCUAGCUUCUAGUUUCAAUAUCAAUGCAAGCAUUAACCGUGAACAUUAAUUGGUUGUGCUUGUGAUCAUUGUGCAGUGUGAGUGUAGUUUGCCAUAGUCAUAUUGUACGUUUUAUUAAACAAUGAACGUUGCUUAUUAUUAUAUUUUCAGUAUAAGUAAUAUCUGGUAGCGAUAAUUCGUAAGA